AUGUUGUUUUCUUUGUUUUUUUCCGUUGGCUUUUGGCCUCUUCUGUACCUACAACUCCGAAAUUGCUCGAUAAAUGUGCUCAUCUACUCACAGUUUUUUUUUUUUUGUUGGCUUUCGCCUCUUGUACGUGUACAUAAAACUCAAUACAACAAACUGCAAAGCUAAUUGAACCAAAGUGAAGGGUUAGCUUCAGCAAGCACAGAAAAACAAUAGUCUCCACAAUCCCAUUUUACAAUGAAUCCUCCAAUUGUUCAAACCAUCUCAGAGUGCUUCAUCAAACCACAAUAUCCAGUAGAAGAGACAAAGCCUCCGAUCUUCUUGACCGCAUGGGACAUAACCAUGCUCUCACUCAAUUACAUCCAAAAGGGUCUUCUGUUCAUUAAGCCCCAAACAACAACAAAUGAUCAAGAAAACCUAGUCAAAUCCCUCCUAGAUAGGCUCAAGGAUUCCCUCUCUCUCACCCUUGUUCAUUUCUAUCCCCUCGCCGGUCGACUCGCGACCCUGAAACAAGAAAACCCGCCUUCGUACUCCGUAUACAUCGAUUUCAACAACAGUCCUGGAGCAAAAUUUAUCUAUGCAACUGCAGAUUUAACUAUCGCGGACAUUCUUUCCCCUGUUGAUGUUCCUGUGGUUGUUCAAUCCUUCUUUGAUCACGACAGGGCGAUCAAUCACGAUGGGCACUCGAUGUCGCUGUUGUCGAUUCAAGUCACGGAGUUAAUCGAUGGGAUAUUCAUCGGUUGUUCAGCCAACCACGCGGUUGUUGAUGGGACAUCUUAUUGGCAGUUCUUCAACAGUUUAUCUCAAACCUUCAGUGCACAAGAAAAGAAUCCUGGAAUUUCUCGACCUCCAAUUCUUGAACGCUGGUUCCCUAACGGGCACAGUCCUAUGCACAACCUCCCUUUCUCUCACCAUGAUCAGUUUAUUAGGCGAUUUGAACCACCCCCGCUAAGAGAGAGAUUCUUCCACUUCUCGUCGGAAUCCGUAGCCAAACUCAAAGCAAAGGCUAAUUCUGAAAGCAAAUCGACCAAGAUUUCCUCGUUCCAAUCUGUAUCCGCGCUUGUCUGGAGGUGUGUGAUCCGGGCCCGUCGUCUUCCACGCGACCCGGAAAGCAAUUUCAGCUGCAGUGUAAAUAACCGGAGCCGAAUAAACCCGCCGUUGCCGAACGAGUAUUUCGGGAAUUCGGUGAACUUUUUGACGGCAAAAGCCACCGUUGGCGAAUUGCUUGAUCACGGAUUGGGGUGGGCGGCGUGGCGGUUGCACGAGACGGUGGAGGCCCACACCGAUGCGGCGGUGCAACAGUGGGUGGAGAAGUGGAUAGAGGAUCCAGUUAUAAGCACACGUGGGCCUGCUCUGUAUAACCCGUACGGUGUAUUGGAAUCGAGCUCGCCGCGGUUUAGGAUGUACGAGAAUGAGUUUGGGAUGGGGAAAGCGGUGGCGAUUCGGAGCGGUUAUGCCAAUAAAAUGGACGGGAAAGUGAUGUUUUACCCUGGGUACGAAGGCGGCGGGAGCAUGGAUUUGGAGGUUAACCUCCCGCCGGAAACAAUGGCCGCGCUUGAAUCUGACGAGGAGUUUAUGGAUGGCCUCAAUGGCAAGUGCUGAAGGGCACAUUAUCAACAUUUAGAAGAAUAAAAAUUCAUGUAGCAGGAUGCUAUUGAUUGUGACAUGUAAAAAAAUAAAAUUAUGUAGCAGAACGCUAUUGAUUGUGACACAAAGCUGGAUUUGGAUUAGGAUUGGUUUGGUUCAUAUUUUUGUAUCACUUGAAUUUUGAUUUGUAAUCUCUUAAAAAUGUCAGUGCCACUCACUCUCUCGUUGUCUUUCUCAA